GACAGAAUACCAGUCAAAUGCAUAAUAUGAGGCCAACUAGAUUUUCUGGAAUUCAGUCAUCAGUUAGAGUUCCUCAAUCAGGUGCUUUCUCAAAAUUGGGUGGUAACAUAGGCGUGAGUGCCCCAUCUUCCUUUACUGCUGAAGCUCCAGAUGACAGCAAGCCAGCAUUCGAGCAGUUAAAGAGAGGAAAUGAAGAGGCACAGACAGCUGGUCUGAGAGACGAUGAACUUGGGAUCAAGUUUCAUGAUUCUCAAAGAAGAGCUGCUGUUGUAGAUAUUGCUUCUUCUGGUGCUGCUCCAGUUCUACAAUUAAAACACAGAGGCCUAAGAAAAGAAGACGCAUCAAUGACCAUGGGUGGAGGUGAAAUUCGAAAUGUGUUGAUGAUGAAGGCUAGAACAGAGAUGCUUAGGAAGCUUAAUGACAGGGACACUGCAUCAAAACUGAAUGCUUCACAUGAAUUAAAUAUUGUAGAGAAGGAGAUGAGUGAGAAGCAACAAGGAAAUGGAACAGAUGCAGAAAAUGGUGGGAAUGAAGACACAAAUAAAUCAGCAGACGUUAUGGAUGUUAGGACUAGAGUUCAUCCAAAAAAGUUAUCCUCUUCUGUAUCUGAUGCUGACAGUACCACUGAGGAUGCUGACCCUAUCAUGGAGGAAGCUGAUCUGAUUACAAUAAGUGUGGCAGAUCCUGAUCUUCAUGAUUUUGACAACGAUCGCACAGAGAAGUCAUUUGGCGAUAACCAGGUUUGGGCUGCUUAUGAUAAUGGUGAUGGCAUGUCACGUUAUUAUGCAAUGAUUCAUGGUUUCAUGUCAUUGAAACCAUUCAAGAUGCGGAUAAGCUGGCUUAAUUUAAAAAGUAAUCAUGAAUUGGGCCCACUGAACUGGAUUGGCUCUGGCUUCUGCAAAACUAGUGGGGAUUUUUGGGUUGGCAAGUUUGUAAUUAACAAGUUGCUUAAUUCUUUCUCCCACAAGGUUAAACGGUCAAAAGGCAAAAAGGGGGCUAUUCAAAUAUAUCCUCGUAAGGGAGAUGUUUGGGCCCUAUAUAGGAACUGGUCCCCUGAUUGGAACGAGCUUACCUCUGAUGAAGUGAUUCACAAAUAUGAUAUGGUGAAGGUACUUGAAGAUUACAAUGAGGAAAGUGGUGCUGUUGUUGUCGUUCCACUGGUGAAAGUAGCUAGAUUCAAAACACUGUUUCGGCAACACCCAGAGCCAAGUCAAGAAGGUCCUAACGCUCCCAAGGGUUGCUUGGAGCUUGAUCCUGCAGCUACGCCAUUGGAACUUCUGGAGGUAUUAACUGAAGCUCAGGUGAAACAAAUGGAGGUCACCACCAACUUGGAAAGAUCAGAGGAGAGAGAGCGGAUGGAAAUUGGAAAGCCGUUGAAGUUGAAACCAGAUAUUGUUCCUGAAAGUAUUGGAAAAUCAGUUGGGACAGAAGUGGAGGAGAGAAAGGAAAUAAAAAUGCCCCAGAUGAUUGUGUACAGACGUAGACAAAAAAGGGCACGGAAAAUCUAGAGGAAUGCUUUUAGGUAUGAAGUUUCAAGGUCAUUUGAUGUAAGAAAUCCGUUAAUUUAAC